CCAUCACAUCCCACUCCCUGGCUGUGGAUGUUCCAUUGCGUGUUCCCCCUCCAGCCCUCGGCCUGCAGAGGUUCUAUCAUGUCCCUUCCCCCAGCACUUGGAUGUACAAGUCCCCAUCGUGUCCCCAUCGUGUCCCCCUGUCAGGGGCUGUGGAAGCCCCACCGUGUCACCCUGCCUGGCUGCACAGGUCCCACCUUGUCCCCCACAGCCAGGGCUGGUUCCUUCUCACCCCCCACACACAGGCACAGUGACCACGCUCCUCAAACCAGCUUUUUUUUUACCGCGGUGCCAAUGGGGAAGUGAGACCUGCGGCUCGCUGGGGAGGGCAGGGUGGUUCUGCGCCGCUCCGCUCGCUCACAGCCUGUCUGGGCCACCUUUCUCCCGGCAGAAUCCAGCAUGGAAGGCUUCCUGCAGAGCGUGGAGAGGGACCUGAACAUCGACCGCCGGCAGCUGGCCCCCGAGAGGACGCACGUCAGCGCCUUGGUGCCGGUGAAAUGGCUGCAGAGCCUCAAGGAGCGCCGGGUGCUGCCGGCAGCCUGCCCGCGGCCCGAGGGGCUGAGCGAAGUGGAGCUCAGGACGUUCCUGCAGCACUCGGUGCAGAAACUGCCGGCGGGCUGGACACGGGUGGAGAUCCACGGGCUGCGGAAGGCCCGGCUGGGCUACCCGCUGCGGGCACAGCCCCCCGAGCAGCGCUGCGGCGGCAGCGGGGACACCCUGCACGGCUUCAUGCAGAGCGUGGCCACCCAGAACUACCACAACCUGUGGGGCCGGGCUCACAGGCUGUACGCGCGGCCCUACCGGCGCCCGGACGCGCCGCCCACGGUGCCGGCGCUGGACGCGCUGAGGGCUGCCCUGCACAGAGCCUACGGCUGCCCCGUCCUCCAGGUGGGCAGGAGCGUGCCUGGCACCUCCCCUGCCAAGGAGAGCGUGGCCAAAGGGAUGCCCUUGUGCCCCAACGUGCUGCAGGCUGAGGCGCUGCUGGAGUCGGCUGACAUGCUGUACAUCGUCUAUCCCUAUGUGCAGUACUGCCUGCACGACGUUGUGACCUUCAGCCCGGCCAAGCUCACCAACAGCCACGCCAAGAUCCUCUUCCUCCUCUUCCACGUGCUGCAGGCCAUGAAGGCUUGUCACCAGGCGGGUCUGGCUUGUGGGGAUUUCUCCCUCCGGGAUGUGGCUGUGGAUGAGAAGCUGUGCAGCCGGCUGCGUGUGAACUUCAGAGGGUACGAGGGACCGGGGGAAGAGGAGGAGGAUCUGGAGGGUGGUCUGGAACGAGAGAGCAAGCAAAGCUGUGUGCAAAGGCAGGAGAUGACAUGCAGUGCCUGCCAGAAGGACCUCCGAGACCUGGUGUUGCAGUGGGUGCACGGGCAGGUCAGCAACUUUGACUACCUGAUGCGUCUGAACAGCUUGGCUGGGAGGAGAAUGGGAGACCCCAAUUACCACCCAGUUCUUCCGUGGGUGGUGGACUUCACCACCAAAAACGGCAAGUUCAGGGACCUAAGGAAAUCCAAGUUCCGCCUCAACAAGGGGGACAAGCAGCUGGACUUCACCUAUGAGAUGACCAAGCAGGCGUUUGUUGCAGGGGGGUCGAGUGGGGAGCAGCUCCACGUCCCCCAUCACAUCUCAGACGUGCUCUCAGACAUCACCUACUACGUGUACACGGCCCGCAGGACACCCAAGGCCGUGCUGUGCUGCCACGUGAGGUCCCAGUGGGAGCCCAACGAGUACCCAGCCAGCAUGGAGCGCAUGCAGAGCUGGACGCCGGACGAGUGCAUCCCCGAGUUUUACACAGACCCCUCCAUCUUCCGCUCCAUCCACCCCGACAUGCCCGACCUGGACGUGCCGUCGUGGUGCAGCUCCUACGAGGAGUUCAUCCAGGUUCACCGCAUGCUGCUGGAGAGCCGCGAGGUCUCCCAGGACCUGCACCACUGGAUCGACCUCACCUUUGGCUACAAGCUGCUGGGGAAGGAUGCAGUCAAGGAGAAGAACGUCUGCCUCCACUUGGUUGACAACCACACGCACCUGACGACCUACGGGGUGGUGCAGCUCUUCGACCAGCCCCAUCCCAGGCGCAUGGUGGGACCUGCCUACACUCCUGCUGAAGCUCCAGCCAUUGCCCGGCCCCUGCUCCAGAACAUCCGGGAGACUGUGGUUUUGGAGGACAUGCAAGGCCAGGUAACAGAUGCAGUCAAUGGGCUGGUCCUGGAGGCUACUCCCAGUGAAACCACAUGGUCUGGGGAGAAACCCAUCGCUGGUGAGGAUGAUUUGGAGCAAGGCACUGAAGCCCUGGAUUCCAUUUCUGCUCCUGGGAGAGCUCCUGACCAGCCCUGUGCCACUGUGCCUCCAGCACAGCCCUCCACCCUCCCUGCUUACGCCACCGACAGCAAAUCCUCGGGGGUCCGACCGCUCCGUCGGAGCAAGGCUGGGGCUGUGGAUCAGCUCGACAUGAAGAUCACACUUCCUGAGGGCUUCAAUCCGCUCCAGGCCCUAGAGGAACUGGAGAAACUGGACAAUUUCUUGGUUAAAGGCUUAAGCAGCGAGAUGCAGCUGAUGGAGCAGCCGUGGGAAGAGCCACCCUUGGGUCUCUCAGACCUCUUCCAGAGGGACAUGCAGGCUCUGGGCAUCCUGGUGGCCGAGAUCAUAUUUGCACCGAGGCUCCGUCCCUCGAAGCCCGACGCGUCGCUGUGGGAGCGGUUCCUGAUGGUGAGGAACCUCUGCCGUUACCACCCCAAGGAGAUCCCGGCCCCGCUGCAGCACGUGCUGCACGUCCUGCUGCAGCUCAGCGUGCCCGUGGAGAAGCUGCUGAAGAGCAGGCCAGGCAAGGGCGCAGUGCAGCUGUUUGAAUACAAACCCAUCUCCCAGGGCCUGCCCCCACCCUGUCCCACGCAGCUCCUCAGCCCCUUCAGCUCCAUUGUCCCCUUCCCCACGUACUUCCCAGCUCUGCACAAGUUCAUUUUCACCUAUCAGGCAAAGAAGAUAGAGGAUGAAGGGCAAGGUCGGGAGCUUGUUUUCCAGCUGUGGCAGCAGUUGGAGGGAAUCCUUUCUGAAAUCACUCCUGAGGGCCUGGAGAUUCUUCUGCCUUUCAUAUUAUCUCUGAUGUCCGAGGAAAACACCGCUGUCUACGCAGCGUGGUACCUCUUUGAGCCCAUAGCUAAAUCCCUCGGGCCCAAGAAUGCCAACAAAUACCUGCUGAAGCCCCUGAUCGGAGCCUACGAGACGCCCUGCUCCCGCCACGGCAGGUUCUACCUGUACACAGACUGCUUUGUGGCCCAGCUGAUCGUGCGCCUGGGGCUGCAGCCCUUCCUCCUGAACCUGCUGCCCCACAUCCUGCAGAUCCUCGUGGGCAUUGAGAGCUCGCGGGAGGAGAGCAAAUCCUUCCUCGGCACCGCUGAGGACGAUGAGAGCGGAGGGGAGAGCCCGGUGUCGUGUGUGUUUGGGGAGGAGAUCAAGAUGGAUGUGGAGCACAGCUCUGCUGCACUCGACCUCCUGGACUACACCUCUGGGGUCAGCUUCCACGACCAGGCCUACCUGCCUGAGGGUGAGGACUUCCAGAGUGGGCUCUACGUCGGGGAAUCCCUGCAGCCCCAGGAGCAGGAAUCGCUCAGCCUCGGCCGGCUGAGUGACAAGAGCAGCGCCAGUGAGGUGUCCCUGGGCGAGGACAGACCUGCAGAUGGAGACUCCCAGAAGGACAAAAGCAGCUUGAAGUCCAUGGACAGCAGCCAGGACCUUAAGCAGAGCGAGGAGUCGGAGGAGGAGGAAGAGGAGCACGAGGAAGAGGAGCACGAGGAUGCUGCGGUCGACGCGGAGCUGACGGUGGUCGUGGAUGCUGCUGGGACCUCGGUGGAUGUCACCCUGGCUGAUGACAGCAGCGAGCCAGAGGAUGGGGAGGGAGAGGAGCUGCCAGAUCACUCUGAUGACAAAGAGCAGACCAUACUGCUGGACACAGCCUGUAAGAUGGUGAGGUGGCUCUCGGCCAAGCUGGGCCCGACCGUCACAUCCCGCUUCAUCGCCAGGAACCUGCUCCGGCUGCUCACCUCCUGCUACAUCGGCCCGACCAGGCAGCAGUUUGUACCGAGCAGUGACGAGAGCAGUCCCCUGAGCACAGGAAAUAUCUACCAGAAGCGGCCGGUGCUGGGAGAUCAGGUGUCCAAGCCAGUGCUGGCCUGCCUCGUGCACGUGGCAUAUUUGUAUGGAGAGCCUGUCCUCACCUACCAGUACCUGCCCUACAUCAGCUACCUGGUUGCACCCGGCGGUGGCUCCGGCGGUGUCCGGCUGAACAGUCGGAAGGAGGCCGGGCUCCUGGCUGCUGUGACACUGACACAGAAGAUUGUGGUGUGUCUGUCUGACACCACACUGAUGGACAUCCUCCCCAAGAUCAGUCAGGAGGUGCUGCUGCCAGUGCUGGGCUUCCUCACUUCGCCAGCUGUCGGUUUCCCCAGUGGAGCCCAGGCCCGUGUUGUCCUGUGUAUGAAGACAAUCAGCCUCAUUGCCUUGAUCUGCCUGCGGAUCGGGCAGGAGAUGGUGCAGCAGCACCUGAGUGACACAGUGAGAAACUUCUUUGGGGCAUUCUCCCUGCUGCAGGAGCUGCAUGACCAGGGGUUGACAGCAGAGUCCCUGGGCAACUGUGAGGUGCCAGUGAUGGAGGUGCCCCUUUCAGAUGGAAAGCUGCUGUCCGUGGAUCCAUCUGUGCUGGUGGAGUUACAGAAGGUGUUCAACCCAGAGAUGGCCUACAUCACCUACAUCCCCUUCUCCUGCUUGCUGGGUGACGUUAUCCGGACGGUUGUGCCCAACCACUCUCUGGUUGAGAAGCUGGCCAGCCUCCACCUGGAGAGUGUGAACCCCCAGAACCUGCAAGUUGUUGGCCUGGAACAAACACCGAGCUCAGACCAAGACCCUCGAGGGGCAGAGCCCUUCUCCAGCCCCCAGGAGGACACUCACUCGGGCACUUUUGGCAGUGUCCUGGUGGGGAACCGCAUCCAGGUGCCUGUGGACACGCAGCGGGAGGGGCUGGGCUUGCUCCACCUCAGUGCUGGCACCGAUGGGUUCGCUGCCAGCUCCUGCAGCGAGGACAACGCCCUGAAGCAGGAGCUGCCCCGCAGCACCCACAUGCUGUGUGGGAACUGGCUGGCCUACUGGCAGUACGAGAUCGGGGUGAGCCAGCACGACCCCCGCUUCCACUUCCACCAGAUCAAGCUGCAGAGUUUCUCAGGGCACUGCGGGGCCAUCAAGUGCGUGGCGCCGCUGGGCAGCGAGGAUUUCUUCCUGAGUGGCAGCAAGGACAAGACGGUGCGGCUCUGGCCGCUGUACAACUACGGGGACGGCACCAGCGAGGUGCCGCCGCGCUUCACCUACGCCGAGCACAAGAAGUCCGUGUUCUACGUGAGCCAGCUGGAGGCACCGCAGCACGUGGUGAGCUGUGAUGGCACCGUGCACAUCUGGGACCAGUUCACGGGCAAACUUCUGCGGACUUUUGAUGAGUUGGACAGCAAAGUCCCCAUCACAGCUGUGACCACCAUGCCACCUCCCUAUCACAGCAUCUCUGUGGCCAGUGCAGACUCUGUGCUGAGGUUCAUCGACCACAGGAAGCCGGGACUACAGCACGAGUUCCGCCUGGCCAGUGGCGUGAGCGCGGGGCUGAUCCGCUGCCUGGCCGUGAGCCCGAGCGGCCGCAGCGUCAUGGCCGGCUUCUCCUCGGGCUUCAUCGUGCUGCUGGACACCAGGAUGGGGCUCAUCAUGCGGGGCUGGCCUGCCCAUGAGGGAGACAUCCUGCAGAUCAAGGCUGCAGAGGGCAACGUGCUGAUCAGCUCCUCUUCAGAUCAUUCCCUGACUGUCUGGAAGGAGCUGGAGCAGAAACCUUUGCACCACUACAAAUCUGCCUCCGAGCCCAUCCACGCCUUCGACCUCUACGGUAACGAGGUGGUCACUGGCACUGUGGCCAACAAGAUCGGGGUCUACUCCAUGCUGGAGUCCUCAGCCCUGCCCAGCAGCACCACCAAGCUGAGCUCAGAGAACUUUCGGGGUACCCUGACCAGCCUGGCAGUGCUGCCCACAAAGUGCCACCUCCUGCUGGGCUCGGACAACGGCAUCAUCCGGCUCCUGGCGUAGCGAGCCCAGCCUGGCAGCCUGUGCCUGUCCCACAGGGCUGUGCUGCAGCUGGAGCCAGCAGUGUGGCUUUUGGAGGAGGCAGGCAGAUGUUUCUGAGCAGAGGAUGCAGGGGGACGUGUACUUGUUACGUCUCAACCUCUUUCUGUAUCUUGAAAAAGAAAAAAAAAAAAAAAGCCAUAACUGAGAAACCUCCGCUGCUGCUGGGAGAGAUGUUGGGCGUUGUAGGUCACUGUCACCCCUGCAGAGAGGCCUGGAGCUUUCCUUACCGUGUGUGCCUGAUCCCCAGGGGACUGUGAGCUGCCCUCCACACAAUAGGGACCACAGGUACCCUCCCCACUUCAGUUUAGGGGUGGGAGGUGCCCCUUGACAAAUCACAACCGUUUAGCUACUGCCACCUGCACUUCCCUUCCCUUCCCUUCCCUUCCUCUCCUGAACCCCUGAACAGCCCCACUGGGAUGGCAGGAGCUGGGCCUGGGAACUGCUGCCUUUGCAGCUGCCUCUCUUCCUCCUCCUGUGGCCACUGCCCAAAGCUCAGAGGAGGUGCUCUGUGAACUUUAGGUUCUGCCAGCUGAAUUGGAGCCUGAAUGGGAGGAGGAGAAGGUUCACCAGAGCCCUUCUGCUGCCAUGCUGGUUCCAGGGCAAAGACUGGAAUGGAAGCCAGCCAAGGCACAAACCCCAUCUGCUCUGCCAGUUCCUGUAGGAAUGGGCUGCUGCACAGGGGCAGAUUGGGGUGGGAAUGUGACUCUAAGGAGGCCAAAACUAGAUGCUUCCAUGGGAAUUUUGGCUUCUGGAGCAGUGGGGUAGGGCUGUUGUUGGUUCCUGCCCCAGCAUCCCAUGAUGAUGUAAGGGGUGAGGAAUGCCAUGUGUGCUGUACUGGCAGUGAUCCUCGAUAAAUCCUUCUAAUCCUCUCCUUCGUGCUGCUCAGGCUCCUGGGGAAGACAGGACAGUAAAAAGGUGCUCAGUUUUGUGCCCUCCUGCCCUUGUGGGGUGAGAGGCAGGAGGCAAGAAUCCAGCAUGGUCUCUCUUUGACCUUUCCUUUGGGACAGCACUGUCUAUUCCCACCCCAAAGGCACAGAGAGUGCUCUUUGCCCCACCAGUAGGAGCAGUUUCUUCCCUUCUAUUGCAGCCCUUUUCCCACCCAUCCUUCAGUUUAGCCAGAGCCAGUAUCAGGGAGCAGGAAGCUCUUACCUUGGGCAGAGGAGGAGCCAGCUGUGGGUUGUCCUGGGUGGGGAAAGGGCUUCCAUCCUGCAGCUGGGGAGGUGAAUGGUUGGCCAGUGCUGUCCUUCCCUACCCAAGGGGAGCUCUCAGUCCCGUGUUGCCUAUUAACCAUUUGCAAUAGAUGUAAAUAUUUACUUCUAAUAAACUCUUUGAAAGAGCUGCAGA